CGGAAAUAACCUCUCCCUAGAUGUUCUACCAGUGGUCGUUACCCCGGAUCGGGACCUUCUCCGCACAUUAGCUCGCCUUGGCCCACGAUAGUCCCACAAUCCUAUGAUCGGCAGUUAACCCCGAGCCCCGGGGGAAGAGGGCUGCAGCCGAAAUCAGCUGGGGAAAUAAAGGAAUCUAGCGCCCUGCUGGCUGACAUGUCAUCUCAACACCACAGUCCCGAGCUCUGCAACAAUUGAUUUGGUGUUGCAUGCUGCCCUUCCGCAUUGUUGGACAUCUCUGAAGCCGCUCGGGGCCUCUUCACGUCGCCAUCAUGUCGCUAAGACCACAGUGGCUGACCAAGACCUUCCUGGCCUCUCUCUUCCUGGGCAUAGGAGGCUUUCUCUACGGAUAUGACUCGGGCAUCAUCACGCCAAGUCUUGCCCUCGGGUCUUUCGUGAACUACUUCGACAAGCCCAAUGCGCCGCUUCGGGGAGCUAUUGUCUCGGUGUAUCAAGCCGGAGCGUGGCUGGGAAGCGCUUCUGUGGGUGUGACCAGUGACAGAUUGGGCAGACGAAAGGCCAUUGCUUUCGGAUGUGCCUGGGGUGUGCUUGGCGGGGCGCUGAUGGCUGGUGCAGCCCACGUUUCAAUGCUCAUCAUUGGUCGUCUUUUGGUCGGGUAUGCUGUUGGAACCAUCACUGGAGUUGCCCCUGUGUUUGGGGCCGAGAUCGCCAAGACACAUGAACGUGCCAGGAUCACGGCGGUGAACCAGAUGAUGGUGGCAUGGGGAUUCUUCAUCGCCCUCUGGACCGGUGUGGGUGAAGGUAAAUGGGCCAAUGCCAACCAGUGGCGGCUGGGCUUCGCCAUCCAGGCCAUUCCCGCCCUCGUCCUCGGCGUUGGGGUCCUGUUCAUUGGGGAGUCACCGAGAUGGUUGUGCCUGAAGGGACGCUACGAAGAAGCCGAGGCGACCUUCCGGCGCUGGCACGAUGACGGUUUCAAUGAGGAAUGGUGCAGAACCGAGUUCGCCUCCAUCCAGGCCAGCAUCGCCGAUGAAGUGCAAGCCCAACAUCGUCUCGGUUGGCUCGACCUCGUCCGCACGCCGCCGUUCAGGAGACGCCUCUUUGUCGGAUCCUUCGUCUGGGCCGCGGCCAUGCUUUCCGGCAUCAGCUUUGUGCAGUACUUCCAGACGGCCAUCUAUGCCACGCUGCGGUUCGACCAGGACCAGCAGCUGCUGGUCAGCGGCCUGUACGGUUGUGUUGCUCCGAUCGCUUGCAUUCUGUCCCUGUUCUUUGUCGACCGUAUCGGCCGCAAGAAGAUUCUCAUCACCAGCUCCUCCUUGCUGUCGGUCUCAUACCUGAUGAUCACGAUUCUCGCUGCCCUGUACCCUGCGCGGCCCGGUCAGCCAACCAACGAAGCCGCUCAAAAGGGUCUUAUUGCUUGCAUCUUCUUGGUCUCGGCCAACUACUCGGCUCUGUUGGGGCCCAUGACGUGGAUUAUUCCGCCAGAAGUCUUCACCACCGAGCUCCGCGCCAAAGCCAACGCCGUCGUCCAAGUCAUCCACUACUCCAUUAGCUUGGUCAUCACCCAAUGCUCGCCUAUCGCUCUUGAGAGGGUGGGCUGGAAGUAUUACAUACUGUUCAUCCUCACCAACGCUCUGUGCGCUGUAGUUUUCGCGUUUGCGUAUCCAGAAACUAGAGGCAAAUCACUUGAGCAGAUCGACGAAAUUUUUGGUGACAUCCAGAAGAAGUAUGAUGUCGAGGAAAAGGUUACUAUGGCUGAGAAAGACGGGAGUGAUAUUGUUGAGGCAGCAAGAUGAUUGUAUGUUUCCUACUACACUUCAAUACCCCCCAUUCCCAGGAAGUAUGUAGGUUGUCUAGUGAUCCGGGAGGCAUCAAAUAUGUAGUCGACGAACAUGCUGCGUGUCCCAA